UCUGCUUUCACGACACGACAACGUUCCUUCUUGCGCAUAGUUUUGACGCUCUGAGGAAUUUCCUCUCGCGCCUCGCGCCACACCUGGUACUUUUACUCUGGUAUGUGUAUGUAGAUACUUUGGUACUUAUACUUGAGUAACUUGAGCUUACAGAAGUAUCCACAUAUUAAAUAUAUUGCAGGUGUACAUGUUGAUCCUAGUGGAGUUUGGUUUGCAAGUUUGCAUUUGCAGUCAGACUGCAUUGCAUUAAGUAGGUAUAGUAUAUAAAAUCGUCAGAAGAGUAAGUGUGUAUAGUGAAUAAACAUGUGUGCAUUGUAAGCGCGUAACUAUAUGGAUGGACGGACGACGGACUACAUAAUAUAUGGAGACAUUAGAGCCAAGGAUUAGGUGUAAUAAAAGUAAAAAUCAGAACAAGAUGUGGCAUUUCGUGUACCAUACCUGUUUACAACUCCCGUGAGUGAAGUGAUGUGUUUUUUAAUAUUCUCUCGUUUGCUGUGCUGCUGGCUGCUCAAUUGCUCAUGUACUCAUGUUCACGCGUAUACCUAUAUUGUGGACACACAUACCAAUCCAUCUGUAUAAAUGUAGGUGAAUGGAAUGGAUGCUGCAUGCUGCUGUCUGUGUCUGCUGCAGCAAUACACCUACCUAUUUAUAUUAUCUGUUAUCUCUGCGACGUGCGUAAGUAUGUAUAAAGUACGUAUAUAUGUACAGCAUUGUAUGCCUAUAUACAGUAUUGUCAAAGCUAUGAGUAAGAAGAAGUGAGAGGCGAGAGGAAAGUCGGAGUCGGAGAAGGAGAACUCUGAGAGCCAAACCUGUCAAGACUCGUCUCCUCCUCGAGAAAGAUUGCUCUCCUACUUAUAUAUCCGCAGCAUGCAUGCAUCAGCACCCUUUCUACUUUUAUUGUUGGCUGUGCGAGAUCUGGUGAGCAAACGAAUUUCCAGGACGACCAAACUAUCGAUGGGCCUCAUAACAACGUCAUUAAAUAAAUAAAAAGCAGUAAAAUCUUGUUAGCAGUGUCUACUUGAGUCUCAAAAAUCUUCAUACAGUCAUCAUGUUGAAACGAAAAUACCUGCAAUCCUAAUAAAUAAAAAAAUUGAUUUUUCAAGAUAAAAAAUGCCUCACCAUUCAGUCAAUAAUGGGACAGCACUUUGCUAGUCUCAGAGAAUUUUUCAGAAUGGAUAGUGACAAGAAACCUUUGGAAGGAUAUCCCAAGGCGAUCCGGUGUGUGUCUCUUGAUAUGCUGGAUCAAAAUGAAUCAAUUAACCUAGCAAAUCAAGAAAGUAAUGGAAAUAUACCAGUUAUCAACUCUAAUGUGAUUCAAAACAGACCCAAGUCUGAGGACGGUUUAGAUAACGAGCAAUUGAAUUUGGAUGUGGACAAUCACAAUUCCAGAUUCGAAUCAUUGUACAGUCAACCAGUGGACGGUCAGGAGUCAAAGCAAUACUUUAAUAACGGGAAUUUCAUCGCUGUUGAACAGGAUCAGACAUUUAGACAGCAAGAGGCCUGUUGCAGUAAUUCUGGUGGUAGUAAUACAAGCAGCAGCUCCGAAGACAGCCCUGUGAAUCCGGUUUUAAGGAGAUCAUCAAAAACAUUAUCGUUUGGACGGCGGAAAACAAAGUCACAUUCAAAGGACCAAAAUCCGGUAUGCAAUCACAUACUGUCUUCGAAAAAGAAGCGUAACAACUGGGUACUCAAGUUCAAUUGCGCAAAGAGCAAAGGCUCGAAAAACACGGACAUUCCAGGCCAGGCCAACAGUAGCUCAGAGUGCAUUUGCACGGGGUACAGAAGGACCGAGGAACACCCAAUGGGUGCUGGCAUUGUCUUUAAUAGCAGGUCUGCCCCACAGAGUCCAGUACUUGGACCACUGCCGCCUAGUCCUGUUAUCGAUCUCUCGCUCUUCAACCCGGAAGAAUUUCCCAUGGAGGAUUGCGACGUACGAGCUCGAAUACAAAGAGCCCGAGAGAUGGAGGAAGGCGUGGAGCCACCCCCAGGCUACCGGCCGAACUGCACCGCUGGCGCUCUGCAAGUGCACCCGAGUGGCAUCACGGUCGACAGCCUGGCAGCCCUGUUCCAGGCAAACGCCGGUAUUCAAGCGGCCGCCCUUACUGCUCUGUCGCAAAUAGACUCAACGCUCGUCUCGAGUAUCGAGAGGCCCAUCCACACUCAGGUCGACUACGUGCACUGCCUCGUGCCAGACCUCAACUCUAUAACGGCGUGCUCCUUCUACUGGGGCAAGAUGGAUCGAUACGAAGCCGAGCGCUUGCUGGAUGGCAAGCAGGAGGGCACCUUCCUGCUGCGUGACUCAGCGCAGGAGGAAUUCCUCUUCUCGGUUAGUUUUCGCAAGUACGGGCGAUCGCUUCACGCGCGGAUCGAGCAGUGGAAUCACAAGUUCAGUUUUGACUCCCACGAUCCGGGAGUUUACGCCUCUGAAACGGUAUGCGGACUGAUCGAGCACUACAAGGAUCCGUCGUGCUGCAUGUUCUUUGAGCCGAUGCUAACGAUCCCAUUGCACCGAAACUUUGCCUUCCCCCUGCAGCACCUAUGUAGAGCGGUCAUCACCACGCGCACAACCUACGACGGUAUUAACAAACUCCAACUACCAAAGACCCUCAAAACUUAUCUCAAAGAAUACCAUUACAAGCAACGCGUGAGGAUCAGGCGGCUGGAUACGGAGAGUGAUUUGCAGUCUGACAGUAAAUCGAUAUCAUACUUGCCCCUCAUGUGAAAAUCGUUUUGAUUGCACGCUCGUUGAUCUUGAGAGAAGCUGUAGUUAGGAGCUUCUCAUAUUUUUUACUUUUUAAAUUUCUACCCUCGUAGAUAUGUAUAUAUAUACCUUUGAACUAAUUUUUCCUCAAGAUCGGUAUUUUCGGUUCGUUAUCGAAUUUUAACACAAAUUUUGAGUAGCUUCAAUUACACGCUGUUCGGAAUCAUCUUUGAUACGUUAUUACAUGUAAAAACUGAUAAUCAGUUCUAAAAUUGUUGAAAAAGUUUUAUUUCUCUCGUUUAACGUCAACUAACAAUUAAACAUUUUUCUUUGAUUUUACAUCAACCAAAUAAUAUUUUAAAUGGGAUUGUAAUUUGAAUACCUCCGUUACAAUUUUUACAAUUUAUAAGCUUCCUUUAACAUUUUAUCUCUAUGCAAAAUAAUGCGUCCUUUUAAUAAAUUCGGAAGUAUAAGUACGAAUAUUUAAUCAUGCAAUAUAAAGAUUUAAUUAAAUCAAUAUUCAUAUUUUACAUGCGCAAUAUUAAUGGUUCAUUAAUUUAUUUAUUUAUUAUGAGAAAACUUGAAAUUACUUAAGAAAGUGCGAGUUUUUUCUAAAUAUUAUUAGGGCUGAAUGCACAAACUGGUAUCCAACAACUUUUACAAAAAUAUUUACUUUUGAUGCCACAGUUAUAUUAAAUAUUUCAUUUUUUUAUUUUGCCAGUGGGUGCAAAUUAUCAUGUAGAAGCAUAAGAUAGCAUUAAUGAAAAGCUAAUAUUUUAUCUCAUGAGUAGUAGGGUUAUUUUUUUAACAAAAAAAGAAAAAUUUAACAGUAAGUUGUAGGUCUCAUAUUCUUUCUUUCCUAGCUGCCGUUAAUGUCAAUAUUUAUAUGAUUUAGAUACAUAUUUGCAUUCCGUAUGUUUGGUUUAAAAAGCUGUUCAGAGUUGCUCUGAACACUUCUCCAAAGCUAUGAAAAUAUGUAUCUAUAUUUGUAGUUAGGCAGCAUUUUUAUCAGUUUCAAAAAAAUUUUUUGAAGUUUUUUAUAUUUUACAUUAAUUUUUUGUCCUUAUUGGCAAUGAUAAAAAAUUGCGUAUUUUAUGAACGCUUAUUGCAAACCAAGAACUGAUAUACGAUAUAAAUUUCUUGAAAUCUGAAGGAGUUAAAAUUGUUAUUGCGGUUGUCAGUGUUUCUCGUAAAAACGUUAUUUCGGAAUGUGAUAGUCUUUAGCUUUGAAAAUUUAUGUAUUAUAGUUAAAAAAAGGUGUUGUUGUUUUCAAAGUAUUUGUAAAUAUAGUUAUAAAAUCUAUCACGUAUAAAAACUGCUUAAAAGGAAAAAAAAUUGUUGAAAGAAUAAUUAAGACUGUAAAUUUUUCUCAAUUGUGUAGUAAAUAUCACAAGUUGGUUGUUGAGGAAAAUAAUAGCGAUCAUAUCAUAUGUCAUUUUUUUCAUAUGUUACAAAAAAAAGUUUUUUUGAAUAAAAAAAAAAAAAACAGACAUUGCCAACAAGGUAAAAAAGACGAGCCUAUGUUUAGGUACGAGCUAAGUAUUAUUACCUCUAUUUGUAUGAUUUUACAACAAUAAGGAAUUUUUCAGGAUAAAAUAAUUGCAUUAGUUAUCUGUAUCAAGUGUCCCACUGCGCUAGUCACGUGACAAUUAUUCGAUGUGGGUGGCUUUUUAUCAAUAAAGAAUGUGAGGCUACCGAUCAUGUAUUUAUUUCACUCGCUCAAUCAUCAAGUGAAAAUAGCAAUAUUUAGGGGAUAGAUGAGAUGAAAAUAGAGGCAGUUUUUUUUAACACACAUCGAGGAGAGUGAGAGUGACACCCAAUUCUUCCAAAAUAAUUCAUGAUUACGCAAUUCCUAUCGUGCCUACUUUUAUUAUGGAUGAUCAUGAUACACCACACAAAUGAUUUAUGGCCCAUCAAGCUCAUGAUGCCAAUGACGUUCAAGUAUUGGGCUGUUUUGAAACUUUUGUUGUUUUUAAUAAAUAUUUAUAAAUGUUUUACACAAUUUCCAUUCAAAUUUGUAAGAUUGAUAGUUAUAUAUUUUAAAUUAAANAUU